CAGAGGGGUGCAGGGGGAGCAAAAAGGGGUGAGCAAGGAGGGUGGCCAGUUUGGGGGGGAGCAGAAGAGAGGGGCCGCGGGGGAGGUGGGGGUAGAGCGGAGCAGCGGGGACCGAGGAUGCCAGCGCCGCGCGCCCCGGGGGAGCCCCGCGGGCUCGGGGAGCGCAGGUCGCUGCUGGCGCGCGGGCCGCGGGGACCCCGACGGUGGCGGCGGGCGGCGGCGGCCGCGGUGCUGCUGGUGGAGAUGCUGGAGCGCGCCGCCUUCUUCGGCGUCGCCGGCAACCUCGUGCUGUAUCUCAACAGCGCCAACUUCCAGUGGGGCGACGAGCAAGCAUCGCGCGCCGCGCUGGUCUUCCUGGGCGCGUCCUACCUGCUGGCGCCCGUGGGCGGCUGGCUGGCCGACGUGUACCUGGGCCGCCGCCGCACCAUCGUGCUCAGCCUGCUGGUCUACCUGGUGGCCUCCAGCCUGCUGCCCAUCACCGCCUUCCCCGACGGCCGCCGCUCCUUCUGCGGCGAGGUCCCCGUGUCGCCGCUGUCGCCCGCCUGCCCCUCACCUGGCUGCCCGCCCGCCCUGCCCAACCUCUACUGCGCGCCCACCCUCUAUGUCGGGCUGCUGCUCCUCGCCCUGGCCGCCAGCUCUGUCCGGAGCAACCUCACCUCUUUUGGGGCCGACCAGGUGAUGGAUCUUGGCCGCCAUGCCAGCCGCCGCUUCUUCAACUGGUUUUACUGGAGCAUCAAUGUGGGUGCUGUGCUGUCGCUGCUGGUGGUGGCCUUUAUCCAACAGAACAUCAGCUUCCUGCUGGGCUACAGUAUCCCCGUGGGCUGCGUAGGCCUGGCUUUCUUCAUCUUCCUCUUUGCCACCCCCAUCUUCAUCUCCAAGCCCCCCACGGGCAGCCAAGUGUCCUCUAUGCUUAAGCUUGCUCUCCAAAGCUGCUGUCCCCGGCUGUGCUGCCAGCCCUCUGCCAGACACUCUCAAGGCACCCAGCUGCUGCCUGAUGAGAGGUCUGCCCAGCCUGGCCCUUCCCCCCAAGAGGACGUGGCCAACUUCCAGGUGCUGGUGAAGAUCUUGCCCGUCCUGGUGACCCUGGUGCCCUAUUGGAUGGUGUACUUCCAGAUGCAGUCCACGUACGUCCUGCAGGGCCUUCACCUCCACAUCCCGAACAUUUUCCCAGACUCCCCUGCCAACAGCUCCGUGGCUCUGAGAGCCCAGGACAGCAGCUACAAGAUCCCGGAAGCCUGGCUCCUCCUGGCCAAUGUCAUCGUGUUGCUGAUCCUGGUGCCUGUGAAGGACCACCUGCUCGACCCUCUACUGCUGCGAUGCAAGCUGCUUCCCUCGGCUCUGCAGCAGAUGGCACUGGGGAUGGUGUUCGGUUUUACCUCCGUCGUUGUGGCAGGAGUCCUUGAGAUGGAACGUUUAGAAUACAUCAGAAACAACCAGACAGUUUCCCAGCAGAUCGGGGAGAAAAUAUACUACGCAGCACCGCUUUCUAUCUGGUGGCAGAUCCCUCAGUACCUGCUCAUCGGGAUCAGUGAGAUUUUUGCCAGCAUCCCAGGCCUGGAGUUUGCGUACUCAGAGGCCCCGCGCUCCAUGCAGGGCGCCAUCAUGGGCAUCUUCUUCUGCCUGUCGGGGGUGGGCUCGCUGUUGGGCUCCAGCCUGGUGGCACUCCUGUCACUGCCGGGGGGCUGGCUGCACUGCCCCAAGGACUUCGGGAACAUCAACAACUGCCAGAUGGACCAGUACUUCUUCCUGCUGGCCGGCAUUCAGGCUGCCACGGUGCUCCUGUUUGUCUGGAUUGCUCAUCGCUAUGAGAGGGCGGCUCAGGGCUCGGCCUCCCACGGCAGUUCCAGCAGGGACAGGGGCUGAACACGC